GUCGGAAAUUCCGGCGUUAAGAGGUCGAAAUUCGACCUCGAAUGUGCGGGGCGUCAUAAAGAAUCAAUGAUGUCGGGAACGGAAAGAGAUGGAGUCAUGGAGUCAAGAGGACUUAGGUUUGUGAGUGUCUGGGGCAUUUGGGAAAAAUACGAAAAAAAAUAUUUUCGGGUCGGAAGGGGUCGAAAUCCGGGUUCGAACAAGUCGAAAAAUGCCGAUUUCGACUUUCCAUAGGUCUGAUCGCUUAGGGCUUGCUAGAGACUACCUCGGGGCCGGAAUUCUCUAUCCAAAUCCGUUGAGAUCAGAAAAAUCGGAUGACUUCGAGUCGAGUUAUGCCGUCUUAACCGAAGUUAAAUUGUGGCAUUUUGUCGUGCCACAGGGGUGUGCGCAAAUGUCCGAAAUGCUAACUUUUUUGUGGCUGGACCGAAUUGGCUGAAACAUUAGGGGAAUAGGUAAUCGUGGGAGGGGAAUUCAAUGAAAAUAUUUUUGAAAGGGACACUUGAGUCUGGUGGUUUCAAAUUGAGUCUGGGACCGUGGUAAUGAUUUAAAAGGGUGGUGGAUGCCAUAGA